AUGUCUAGUUCAGGGGGCGCAACCGCCCGUCUGAGGCGCACAUUCCACUAUCCAGAAGAAGACUCCAACGACUCGCAGCCUGAAGCCCUCGACGAGCAAGAGCAGGAAGACCUCAUAGAACGUCUCGUAGAAGAAAAUGCCGCCCGAAACGCCCAGUUCCGUCGCCUCCUCCUCGCUCUACCUCUACUCGCUACCAUACCCUACCUCCCGGCCCUCAUCAACCCGCGGACGGCGCUCCUCGCGCUUCUCAGCCUCACAUCUCUCUUCUCGACGGCAUACCUUCUACAUCACCAGCCACCCGCGACGUCGGGGAUUGCUUUCCUCGACAAGUGGGCGCGUCCCAAGACCCCGCGUCCCACCCGCCCACCAUCCUUGUCAACACGUGGCGAGUCGUCGGGAAUAGCAGAUGAUGAAGACGACGAGGACGAUGAAGUCGAGUACAUCCCCAGAGGAAGACCUCGACAGAGGAGGAGUUCUUUCAGCUACGUUGAGAGAAAGUCCCCUCUCGAGAUGUAUCUGCCCUACCUGAACCUUGGCCUGGGUUUCAUUUUGAUUUUGAUGGCCUGGGCCGUAGGCAGAGUAAAAAGUGAGGCUGUGUGGCCCGGAAUGGGCUACCUGCCGCUUGUAGUGUAUGGUGUAGUUUUGCUGGCAAAGAUAGUCAUGAGCGGCGUCGACCCUGAAAAGGAACUGUCGGCGCUCAAGUAUGAGUACAAGGGAGCUUGA